AUGGAAGACGUGCUGGAAGGGGAGACUGAAAGCUUAGAGACUGAGGAAGAGGCUGCUGAAAUUCAGGUGACCCUCUGGUCUCAGCAGCUUGAAAAACCAUUAGCUGGAAAGGAUGAUCCUUUGGACAGUGAGUGGACCAGAGCCCCAGACUGCAACGCCAAUCCCGAAGCCCACCUGCCCUCUAUUUGCCUCAAGCAGGUAUUCCCCAAGUAUGCAAAGCAGUUCAACUACCUGCGUCUGGUGGACAGAAUGGCAAAUUUGUUUAUCCGCUUCCUGGGAAUCAAAGGGACAAUGAAGUUGGGACCAACAGGCUUUCGUACCUUCAUAAGGAACUGCAAGCUCAGCAGCAGCAGCUUGUCUAUGGCUGCCGUGGACAUUCUCUACAUUGAUAUCACAAGGAGGUGGAACUCCAUGACCCAGGACCAGCGGGACUCAGGGAUGUGUCUGCAGGCGUUUGUUGAGGCUUUCUUUUUCCUGGCUCAGAGGAAGUUCAAGAUGAUGCCACUCCACGAGCAGGUGGCCGCACUGAUUGACCUGUGUGAGUACCACCUGUCCCUGCUGGAUGAAAAGCGCCUGGUGUGUGGCCGGAGUGGCAUGGCGGGGGGCCAGCCCCUGUAUAGUGGCACUCCCCAGGAGACCUCCCCUCCAUCCCAGCCAGCGGGGGACAACCCCCCAACCCGCACAAACUGUGCCAAUAAGCUGUCCCAUCCCAGACACACUCUGUCUUGAGGGUCACUCUGUCUCCCAGAAGAAGAGAGGACCCUUCAGGCCUGAAGAGAGCCCCAGAGAAAGGGCAGGCUGCUGAGAAUUCCCAUCCGAGAUUCCUGUUCGUCAUGUCUGUGUCCUGCCAAGUGGCACUUCACACACUGCCUAAUCCUGCUGCCUUCCUCCCAGUGCCUCUUGGUGAUCCACUCUGUUUGCAAGUCAUCAGUGGACAUAUGACAUCUAAAAUGUGACAGAUGGCACCUUCUGUUCUGGGCUCACGGGAAGCACCAACCUGGGCAAAUCUGUUGUGUUUGGGGCACAGGGCACAAAAUGUCUAGGACCGAGAGCUGCGGAGAGGAAACAGAGUCUUGGGCCUGCAGGGCCUCAGAGUGCUGACUGGUUAAAGCCCACGAACAUCGUCUUCCUACCCCCGCUCUGUGAGAGUGAAGUGGAAAUGUCAAGUAGGCGGCUGCGAUCGCCCAUCCCGAUCAUGUGCUUCAUGGGUGUAGUUAACAGAUGAGCCUCAUCUAUUUCAUUAGCUUGCCUGUUGCUGCAAUGUUCGGUUUGUUAUUAAUUAAGAAAUAAUUAAUUAAGAACUAAGACUCCUAGAGCCUUGGAGCUGGCUGGUGACUCAGAGGUCAUUUGUUUGAUUUUGUUUAACCUUGACCUCAAAGCAGGAAUCUCAUCUUCAGCCUCCCUGACCAGAUGGUCACGUGGCCUCUGAGUGGACUCCAUGCGUGGGGCCGAUCAGUCCAGGACAAGUAUUGCUGGGGGCCUCUGUGUGCCCAGCUCUGUGCUAGGAGCCCUGGGCCAGAGGAGGGGCUUCAGAGGGCAGGAAAUAAGACCCAGAGAAGAACCAGGGCAAGCAGGAGUGUCAACAGCUCAGGCAUUAGACCUGAUAUCAGGAGAAGGGGAACCCACACUCUCCUUCCACGAGACCUUUUCCUUGUCUCCAUCUGUGUCCCCAGGCAGCCCCUUCUCAGAGGGGAAGCCUCAGAGGCAGCAUUCUGGAAAUGGCCACAGUCAAGUCAGAGUUCAGAGUCCAUUGAUGACAGGCAGAUAGGACUUUGCAAAGCCACAUUCUCCAGAGUAUUGCUGGAGUUGGGGGUUAAUGUGGCCCUUCCCUUGAGAGCCCCCUUUAAAGAAUCCUGAGGGCCCUGGGGAGAGCCGAUCAUCAUACAAGUUAGGAUGGAAAGUCUCUGAGGGCCUUGCAGGAGGAGCCUGGAACACAGUAGGAUGCAGAAAAUGCUCACCGGUGCAGAGCAAGGGCAAAGUGUGUCCUAGACAAGUUCACGUCCUCCUCCUCCCACUUCUUUUGCUCUCUUCCUUCCCUCUGACAUCCCGUCUCAUCUCCUGAUCCAAGUCCCCCUCACUAAACUGAUGAAAGCUGCUGAUUUUUAAACCCAAAGAAAAGGU